AUGAACGCCGUUGAGAAUUUCUUCCGGAGGGUCUGGUCAUGGCUGAAGAAGAACGUUUUUUGGAUCUUCAACCUUUGCCGUUUUGAGGAGCAGAAUGAUGCGGAGGUAGAGACAGGAUCCAUGUCGGCUGGCGCCAAGAAAAGUACAACCGCCACCCCAAAUGCCGCCGCAUCUGUGCAUAAGGUAAUUAUGGUGGGUAGUGGUGGUGUCGGAAAGUCGGCCCUUACUUUACAAUUUAUGUACGAUGAGUUUGUCGAAGAAUAUGAGCCGACAAAAGCAGAUUCGUAUCGGAAAAAGGUUGUGCUGGAUGGAGAAGAAUGUUCGAUAGAUAUUCUGGAUACGGCCGGUCAGGAGGACUAUUCCGCAAUUCGAGAUAACUACUACCGCAGUGGUGAAGGCUUUCUAUGUGUCUUUUCGAUUACGGACUUUGAUUCCUUUGAAGCCACGAAUGAAUUCAGGGAACAAAUUCUGCGCGUAAAGAACAACAACACUAGCAUUCCAAUUGUUCUGGUUGGGAACAAGGUGGAUUUGGCGAACAACCGAGCCGUUACUGUUGCGCAGGCAAAAUCGAGAGCUGAACAGUGGGGAGCGCGCUAUGUGGAGACGUCGGCGAAAACUUAUGAUAAUGUAGACAGAAUCUUCUACGACCUGAUGCGGGACAUCAAGCGCAACAAGGUUUCUACCCUCCCCUCCGGCUCAUCCGAUCCCCAGCGCGGAGAGCGCAAGAAGAAGAAGGCGUGCACAAUUCUG